ACUCUAGCAGGAGUUAACCAGUGGGUCAGAUUAGAGGAAGUUACUCAAUGAAGGGUUGAAGAUUGAAGAAACAGCUGUGAAUGCUAAAACAGAAAAGAAAACCGAGAGAAAUGGAUUGUAAAAUGGCUGAUAAGGGACACGUAUGUUUGCAGCUGGGACUAAUGGUUUUCUGUUCACUUCUCAAAGGAACCAGUGGAGUAGCAGACACUCAUGUGUUCUUCAGUUCUGGUGAAAAUGUCCGUCUGCCCUGUAAUAAUGCUCUUUCUGAUUGCACAUCAACUACAUGGAUCUAUACCAGAAAUUCAGAGACGGUUGAACUGGUUGGUGUAGGGAAACUGAAGAACAACACAGAGAGACUGAGUCUGGGCUCUGACUGCUCUCUGAACAUCAAGAAAGCCACAAAAGAAGAUUAUGGAUCUUACAGCUGCCGACAAUAUGUGAAUGGAGAACAAUAUGGAAAUGAUGCACCUGUUUAUCUGACUGUUCUAAAUGUCUCUCCAUCACCCUCUCAGACUGAGAUCAGUGCAGGCAGAUCUGUGACUCUCUCCUGUCAGCUGUAUUAUUAUUAUUAUGGAGUCUCUUGUGAUACUUUGUUCCGUACUGAAGGAAAUCAGCUGAUGUGGGUGAAUCAGGCUGGUGAGAAUCUGAUGACAAACUCCAGAUAUCAGAUAUCAGAUUUGUCCUCAAGUCGCUGUGUGAUCAGUCUGACUACAACACUCCUGAAUGAAGAUCACAACAGAGAGUGGAGAUGUCAGCUUGCUCAGGGAAAUCAAAUAAAGACCUCAGCCUCAUUCACUGUCAAGUACUCAGCUUCUAAUGCAACAACAGUCAAACCAGCACAAGAUUCAGACAGUGCUGUGACACCAGAAAAUAAAACAGAAGAUUCAGACCGUGCUGUGACACCAGAAAAUAAAACAGAAGUGAUCGCUGCUGUGGCUGUUGUGUUUGCUGCAUUAGCUGUGGUCUUUGUUGCUGUGUUUUGGGUGGUCUUUAAAAAAAGAGCUGGUAAUCCAAGACAGGCUGCCAACACUGAUGCCAGAGAUCCGAAUCAACAUAAAGAAAACUAUGAAAAAAUCAACACUGCGGAUGAUGGAGCAUAUGAAACAAUCACCAUGUCCGUUCCUUCUGCGCAAAAUGCUAAUGAACAGAAAGAUGAUGUGACCUACUCUGAGGUUACUUUAUCUAAUAAAGGAAACAAGCAGGAUCGUUGUAAUGAAACGGUGACUUACGUGACCAUAAGAGAAACUGAAUGUGCACCUCAGGAUGUACUUUAUGCCACUGUGAAGUAAAAAAAAUUUAAGCAAAUCACCAGUUAUGCAAAUCAUUGCAUGAUCUAAUAUAAUCUGCAAAUUAGCAUUUUUGCACAACUAUUGAGAUUUGUGUUUUUGGUAUUUGGAAGAAUUAUAUAUAUUACAUUUACAGGCAAUACAAAAGUCUAUAGUGCUUUUCACAAUAACUAUCAUUUCAAAGCAGCUUUACAAAAGGAUUACAAUCAAAAUCUGAGAGAGUUGGUUUGGUGUGCUGAGUAUAGGAAGGACAGUAUAUACAGUUAUGUCAAUAAGUAUUGGGACAUCAACACAAUUCUAUUGGCGCUAUACACCAACACAAUCAAUUUGAAUUGAAACAAACCGCAGACUGUCAGCUUUAAUUUGAGGGUAUUUACAUCCAAAUCAGGUGAACGCUGUAGGAAUUACAACAGUUUGCAUAUGUGCCUCCUACUUGUUAAGGGUCCAAAAGUAAUUGGACAGAAUAAUAAUCAUAAAUCAAACUUUCACUUUUUAAUACUUGGUUGCAAAUCCUUUGCAGUCAAUUACAACCUGAAGUCUAAAGCUGACAGUCUGCAGUUAAAGCACAUCUUUCAUUUCAAAUCUAUUGUGUUGGUGUAUAAAGCAAAAAAUGUUAGAAUUGUGUCGAUGUCAGAAUAUUUAUAGACCUAAUUGUAUGUAUGUAUAUACAGUUUAUUAGUCGCCCUAAAUUAUUAGCCCCCCUGUUUAUUUUUUCCUCAAUUUCUGUUUAACGGAAAGAAGAUUUUUUUCAACACAUUUCUAAACAUAAUAGUUUUCAUAACUCAUUUCUAAUAACUGAUUUAUUUUAUCUUUGCCAUGAUGACAGUAAAUAAUAUUUUACUAGAUAUUUUUCAAGACACUUCUAUACAGCUUAAAGUGACAUUUAAAGGCUUAACUAGGUUAAUUAGGGUAACUAGGCAGGUUAGGGUAAAUAGGCAAGUUAUUGUAUAAUGAUGGUUUGUUCUGUAGCUUAAAUAAUAGCUUAAAGGGGCUAAUAAUUUUGACCAUAAAAUGGUGUUAAAAAAAAAUUCAAACUUCUU